AUGAGCAGCUCCAGCAGUUACCACCCCGAGGAAAGCGAAGACGCCUCUGAUUCCGAGUUCGAAACGAGGCAAUCAACCGCUACGAGAUCCUCAGCUGCGCCAUGUUUGCAAUCGCAUGGCACGGAAUACGCCGCGCGCGAACUUCGUCGAAAUGUCUCCAGAUCCGAACGCCGGAAAGCUCGCAAUAGGACGCGGGAGACGGCGUACUGGGACUUGCGCCAACAGCUUCCGGAUGGAUCUGUGGGGGCUUAUACGGAGAUUCUCGAAGAGACGAACAGCGAUCUUCCCCCGGUUAAAGCAGAAUUCAGUGGCACUGAGAAUUACAACGUCACGCAAAACGGGAUCGUGAUAUGGACACCCCAGGAAAAAGAUAUCUUCUUUAAUCUACUGGAUCAGAAAGGCAAGAAUGGAAUCAAGGAGAUUGCACAAGCCAUCGGCACCAAAUCAGAACUGGAGGUACAAGAGCAUCUCAGGCUUUUACACAGGGGCCUGGAACGGCAGCACCUGAGGGAUCGUCAUGCGCGGACGGUUAUUUUGGGCGAUAUUCCGGCAGCUACAGAGAUUAGGGAGAAGUGCGAGAGGGAGCUUGACAAGUAUUCGGAACUUUUGUGCCUUGAGGAGCAGUAUCUGGGGGAUGUUGCUGGGAAGAAGAGGCACUACGAUGCGUGGAUUAUCGAUCGAGGGAAGGCAGAGGAAAUAGAUGAGCAGAUUGUUGGGGAAGUGGAGGAAGACGCUGGCGAAGAGGGAGAAGAUGAAGCAGACUCAGCAGACCACGAGGGAAGCGAAGAUGUCGAAUAUGAAGGAAGCGAGGAAGAAAGUGAAGAAGAAAGAGAACCCCUGACCAUCCGCACAGACUCCCCAAUCCACCUCUCCGCAAGUCUUUUCACCAUGUCAAAAUGGAUCCGCCUUUCGGAACGCUUUUUCAUGAACCCCAGCGGUUCCCGACUCCCAGACAACUGGACCAAGAUCGCCUGUUCAGGCGAAACCCCCUCGAUAACUGCAGACGCAUUCACAGACUUUUACGCCAUAGCCAUAAGUCUUACACGGCGCCUAGUUCAUUCAUCACUGUUCUUCGCCAUGUCACGAAUACGCCAGAUGAGGGAUUCUGGCGGCCGUCGGAAGGCCAGAUUAGUAAAGUCCCGGGAUGUUAGGGCUGCACUUGAUGUGCUCAACAUGAAGCAGGAUCGGUCUGACUACUGGAUUGGGUUGGCGAGGAGAUGUAAUCUGGAUGUUAUGGAUGCGAGGCAUCAGAAGGGGUGGAAAAAUGUCCGGAUGAGCCAUAACGAAGUGGAGGACUAUCUUUCUGGGGACUUUCAUAAGCCUUCUGACGAGAGACACAAAUUAAAACCGAGUCGGGAGCAUGCAGGUGACGGGAUAUAUAAUGACGACAACGAAUCAGUCCUCUCUGACGUCCGUUCCUCCCCCGACCCGAUACCAGAAGAACAACUAUACUUAACUUUCGAAGACGAACACGCAGAAGCAGUUGACCAAAAAGCAAGCAACAUAGAAGAACAACGCCUCUGGAAGCUCCUAGGCCAUCCAGCAUCAGUCGAUCUCGAUCCGGAAAUAAAACCCGAAGAUGAAGACCUAGAAGCAAUACGAAAACCGACUGGAGAGCGCAAGACAAAGGAAGAUCUUGCCGACUGGCGCGAUAGGGCACUCUACCGCAGUGAAUGGGAGGAAUACGGAAACGAUGUCUUUGAUGUAUAUGAGGAGUUAUCGGAAAAUCGACGGAAAAGACGACGUAUUGCCAAAGGAGAACCUGCUAGACUUACAUCUCCUGUUAGAACCAUUUCUGAUGAGGAUGCGGAUGUUGCGAUGGAUGAAAUGGAUACCCGUGAAGAUGAUGAAACCGGGGAAGCCAACUCUCGCGUUAUCAAAUACGAGGGUGAGGACGACAGUGAGGAAGAAGACCGCGACGAAGCUACAAACGAGCAUGAGGAAUCCAUUCCCUCCGUUGGUGACAAAGAAGAAGUUGACCAGAAACCCAUCAUCCGCAAAGCCGAAGAAGAGCCGCAAGAUCAAGACGCAUCUCGACACUCGAACGAGGAGUCUGAAUACGAAUCAGAAAAUGAUUUUAAACCGCCCCAGCAGGCCGUCAAAUAUGAACCGUCAGGAGAUGAAGAUGAAGGCUCAGGAUCAAUGUCCGAAUCUUCCGGCUCAGAGUCCGAACCAGACGACGAUCACCAACCUCAGCAAAGCACCACCAAAGGUGAGCCAUCGGAGUACUCAGAUUCAGGCUCUGAAUAUAUGUCAGAAUCAAAUGAAAGCACCGAAAUCGAGCAGAAACCCAAUAUCGGAUCUCAAGAGCACCAACAAAGAAUCAAGCACGAAGUCUCGGAAUACUCCGGUUCAUGCUCAGAAUCCGAAAUCCGACGGUGA